GAGGAAGUUGCAAUAAAUAAUUAAAUAGCAAUCAAACAAGUAUAAAAUGAUUAAAAACACAUAGAAAAAUAAACGAAUUACAAAUAAAAAAAAGGAUAAAGAAAUAAAAACAUUUCAUUUUCACCUCAAAUGCUACUUAAAACCUGGUUUCCAUCUUUCCCACGGGAGCCUGAAGGCAGCGCAGGCACCCAUUGGUCAGCCCUGGCUGUCAAUCACAGCUCCAUCUCCCUCCCACGUGGUGACGUUUCCGUACCAAAGUAACCAGGCCAGUCCAUUACGCACACAAAAGACACAACAAAAGCCCGUGUUGGGAAAAAUGAGAUCCGUCAGCACCCAAAGGACACAACAAUAAGUUCCCAUCUGGCAGCGUCACACAUGGACCAGAGCCUGGGACGACGACAAUCAUUUAUUUAACUUAAAAAAGACAACAAACUGAAAAACAUCUUUCUCUCUUCAGCAGGCAGUUUUCCACCAAGCUGCGUUUUGCUCAGCUCUGAUCCAGGUGGUUUGAUUUUCUCCUGUGGUGUCUGUGUGGAGCGUGCCACACACCCACUCCACAACAACGACGGCUUUUGCUUGCAUCUUCCAGUGUUUCUUCUGUCAGCAAGUCCAGCAGAGCUGCAACUCUUCCAGUGCCAGCCCUGACACCAGCGAGGAGCCCUGCCCCACUGACAUGGUGAAGAUGACCAAGUCAAAGACCUUCCAGGCUUACCUGCCAAGCUGCCAUCGCACCUACAGCUGCAUCCACUGCCGGGCACACCUGGCCAACCACGACGAGCUCAUCUCAAAGUCAUUUCAAGGCAGUCAAGGAAGAGCCUACCUGUUUAAUUCAGUGGUGAAUGUUGGCUGCGGGCCAGCUGAGGAGCGGGUACUCCUCACAGGUUUACAUGCUGUGGCUGAUAUCUACUGUGAAAACUGUAAAACCACCCUGGGCUGGAAAUAUGAACACGCGUUUGAGAGCAGUCAAAAGUACAAAGAGGGAAAGUUCAUCAUCGAGCUGGCUCACAUGAUCAAGGACAACGGAUGGGAGUGACGCUCCUCUUUUCUUUCUCUGACCUUGGAAUGCUCUUUAUUGAACUGCGUGGAGCGACGACCAUCGACCACCCUGCCCCCCCUCCCGAACCCCCUUUACAAAAAAACAACCUCCACCCCCUUGCCUCCUCCACGUGCACACACACCCACCUGCUCAUCGUGAAACUGAACAGAACAAAUGACAUUUAAAAAAAAAAAAAAUAAACCCGACGACGAGGAAGUGGAGCAACUGUUGAAAAAUCACGUCACAGGAGUCGUUACUUUAAAGAUUGUGUGUUCUCCUUCGCAGCGCCGGACCUUUUUGGGUUUGACCCUCCCACCCGCUCACUCUCACCCCCUCCCCCCCCACCGAACCACGCUUACAAGUGAUUGUGGUGAUAAUGGCGACCACUAUGCGAACGGAGAUAGACUUCACUGAUGGGACAUCUUUGUUUUCUUUAUUUCGCCCACCCAGCGAGACGGAUGAUAAUUAUUUUAAUGUUAUUUGCUCUAGUUUUAACUUCUGGGUUUGGUAAGGUUUUGGUUUGAUGGCAGAUGGAUGUUACUGGUUAGCAUUUUAUUUCCCUGUCAAGUCUGUCAUGUUUUGUUUUAGUUGUUUUUUAUUUUUUGGCUCGUUGUAUCUCUGCCUUUAGCUGAGCAUGCUUUUCUUUGCUAAUGUCCAAAUGAGCAAUCAGGGACAGGUGAGGAGCGGAGGGGAAAGGGACUUUAUUGUAGUUACAAAUAUGUAGCAGCAUCUUGCUUUUAAAAAAAAAAAAAUGGCAAAGGAUGGGAUUGCAGUAGUGUGGGAUUUUAUUCCUGAUAUUUUUUUCCGUUUUAAUCUUUUUUUUUUUCUUACGAAUUUUCUUAAUUUCCCCCCUUUUCUGGUACUUUUCAGCACCCAAAAAACAUUGGAAGCAGCACCUAUUUGUUGGAUAUAAAUGGAUAUAUAUAUAUAUAUAUAUAUAUAUAUAUAUAUAUAUAUAUAUAUAUAUAUAUAUAUAUAUAUAUAUAUAGAUAUAUAAAUAUUUGUAGUGUUUGGCUAAGUGCGAUUGUGGCUGGUCCCAUUUUGCAGCAGUACCACAAGUGAAAAAGACAUGAGAAGAAGCAGAAAUACUUUCUAGACUGGGAACCUGACAUCAGUGGCCACAUGUCAUAAAGCAUUAGGGCAGACUGUAUUAUUCCAUUGUCUAGUAAUGAAACAAUAAGAGACACAACUGCAUAUGAAUAUAUAUACACACACAUACUAUGAUGACAUAUCCAUAAAUACUAUGAAAAUGUUCGUAGUACGUAGAUAUUGGAACAUGGAUUCUGAAUAUAUAUUUGCUGUCAUGCACAUAUGUAUAUAUGCAUAUGACCGUGUGUGUAUAUGCAUUGUGUGUGUGUGUGUGUGGUCACGCAUUACACAGUGACAUACUUGAACGAUGCUACUUCGUUUGCACUUUGCAGAGGCCUUUGGUUCAUCUCAGUUUAGAGGCAAAAACUUUGUUCGCUCUCGUCUGUUUUUUGUUUUUUGUUUUUUUCAUUUAAUGGCCUUCUCACAGACAGAUUGUUGGAGACGGAAAGAAAGUUCGACCUGGACAGUUUGAGGGGUUUACGCUGUCUCCAUUAAGACUGUAAAGACGCUUCUAGAUCAUUUAAUUUGAAUUACAUCGACAAAUUCUGCUUUUCCUCUCUGCUUGAGAAAAGUGUAGUUUCCGAUGAUUCUUUGCUGCUAUCGUAGAAAUCCCGUCGUUUCCUUCCCGCUCUUGUAGGUCUUUUGCACUUUAAAUGCUUAUCCGUCUCUCCUUCUUAGAGUGUGUGAUUCCUCUCUUUGUGAUUUGCCUCUAAGCCGUAUGAAUCUUGUGCCUCUUCAAAACAUGAUCAGCCUCCCCUCUUAUUUUUCUGUUGUGCAGUGCAUAACUCCAAAAACCUUUGUGUGAACCGAUGUGUCUUCCCCCCCUUUCUGGUUCAAAGUGGCCCUCAAAAAAACAACAACACCAAAAUCCUCAUAGAGCUCUUCCCUGUUUUGUUUUGUUUUUGGACAACAGAGACUUGGUAUACAUACACACUUAUAUUUUCUACGUUAAGAUUUAGAGGUGCAAAAACAGAUAUUCAGUAUAUUAUUUCUCAGAGUGAAGCAUAGAGGAGGAGGAUCGGAGUGUGCAGGAUGCCCAGGGCUUGUUGUUUGACUUUUUAUUGGAAGGAUAAAACAAGAUGGCAGCAGGUUGAGGUGGAGGUUGGGCAGGGCGGGAUGGGAGAGAUUUAAAAGAAAAAAAAAAAAUCAGCAGUGAUUGAUUACUUUGCCGGCAAGGUCAGUCAGAUCACACGACCUUUUAUCCUAAAAACGUUGACAAUGCAAACCCUUAAUAGUUAGCAGUGAUACCUACUUGAAAAUAUAAAGACAUAAACAGCUGAGAUAUUGGCCCGUGUUACAGUUUUUGUACAUAAAGUAACAUAUUUAAGGUUUUAUACGUAUUUCUACUGGGUUAGUUCUUUUACUUCCCCAACUUGAAGCACUUUUGUUCACUGUACCUCUGGCUGUGUGCGUCUGUAUGUGUGUGUGUUUGGGUGUGAGUGUGUGCGUGUGUGUGCAUGCAUGUGUAUUAGCCCACAUGCACGCCUGCACACAAAAGUGAAUGUUUAGUUUCUUUUCCUCAGACAGUUUAUUUCUCUUUUUGUUUCUCCUCUUUUUUUGGUUUGGAAGUGUUUUUUUUUGUCCAUUUGUUUUUUUUUGUUUUUUUCUUUCGCAGCUGUUUGGUUUCUCUCCCGGUGAUCUGUGAGGUCGAGAGCCAGGUUAGUUUGUUUGGAAGUGAUUUAUCCCUGUUUUUUUUUCUGUUAGCUUGUUUAUUUAGCUUGUGUGGUGAGAGCCCGUUAGAGGGCCGAUGUUUAGGUCUCUGCUGAGCCAUGUAGACGUUGAGGGCGAGCUGGAAUCUCCCACCAUGUCGCAGGGAGAGCCUUUACCAAGACCCUUUCGCCACCACAGUCAGUGUCUCCUGUGUAGAGGGAUUUCAGGCGAUGAAACAAACCCUCUGGCGGCCAUAUUGGAGGUCCUUAGCUUUUUUUUGCAACACUGGUUGUGAAUAUCUGAUUGUAUUUCCUGAGAACUUUUGAAUUUCUGUGCUGGUUUUGACCGAAAAUGAACUGUUACUUCCCUGAAUCUAUGUGAUUGAUUGUUUUGAUAACGUUAGCUUCCUGGGCUAAGUCACUGCAUCCCUUGAAGUUUGCAUUUCUACACUCUUUACAGGUCAAACAAGGUCUGUUCUGUUUUAAACACUCCUUCAAAUGCAGGAAGUUCAACUGCACAUUCAUUGUUAAAGAGCAGCGCAGCAGCUGAAAGUCUUGUUGUUCACUAACCUGGCUGCAGUGAUGUAGAAGUGAACUCCAGGGUGUGUUAGUACCCCAUGACAUCACUGGUGGGUGUGGUUACAGGUGCAACUGAGCACAUUACGGACUACAACCAUCAGUGAUGCUGGAGAGGAGAAGACAAAACUUCUCAGCCUGGUGUUUCGUUACUCUUUAAUGAUGCAUUCAAGCGAUCUUUGUCAGUUCGUAAAGUUGGGAAGUACAACAUGAACUCAUUGUUAUUUGUGUUCCUGUGGUCAUCAGUGCUGGUUAACAGGCUACAUUUCAUGACCUGAGUUUACAACUUGGUAUUCACCACUUUGUCAGCCAUUUCCUGGUGAUAAACUUGAAAACUACUGAGACUGAAAGUUCAUUCUUGACCUUGGAAGCAGCAGUUGUUGGAAUAAUCUAACACAAGGUCCAUUGGGUAGCUGUUAUGGAGCGUUUGACAUGUGUAGAUGUUCAAAUAUACAGUUUGUCUGAGAACUCGUCUGGCUUGGUCCCGAUCAGACAGAGCACGUUUUAGCAACCUGGGGUGAGUCUUUGUAAUUGUUUGCAAUAAUAGUUAGACGUUUAUCCCACUGCUUUUGCGUUGCUGAGCGCAUCAUAAUUUUCUGCUCCAGGCGCUUUGCCUUUUUGGGGGCACGCUUUGAACGCCUAGGGUUGAAUAACUCAGAGAUGGGCCUUCUGUGGUGAAGAUGGCAACAAGCGGUAGCAUAUGGUUAAGCUAACAUUAGCUUACUGUCGUCUUUGCCCUAGGUAAGCUGUAAAAAAUACCUGAACAAUUUGCCUCAGCCACUUUCUAACAUGUAACAGUGUCCAGUCCCUGAGCGCCCUCUGCCUGUCCAUUUUUUAUGCGGAUUUUAAGAUACAGAUCUGCGAGUUUACGUCACCGUAGCAGUUAAGCUAAGGAGAGGUGAUUCGGUAGCAGCAAUAUUAAAAAAAGAGGCAGCACACUGCAAAAAGUGUCCUGUCUGAUUAGGGCAGUCCAGUGUGCACCAUGCACACUGUCUGAUCAGGGCCACAGAAGUCUGUAAAGUGCUCAGAGGAAUGAAAAUUUGAACAUCUGUAACUCCUCUGGGCAGCUCUAUCUGCUGAAGAAGAUUGUGUGAUCCAAUGAAAGCUCCAGAACAGCUGCAGAAUGGACCUUGUGUUGUGCUUAUUUUGUCAAUUUUCAAUUGACUUGAGGAGUAGACGAGGAGCGCCUGAAUGCAUCAUUGGUUUUAUGUCCCUGAGGCUACACUGGCCUUCAGCUCCUCUGAAGGACACACUUUCAAGGGCUGCAUCCUUCACAGAGGUUGCAGCCUCUGAAUUUGGAUGCAGUUUUUAUCUGGUCAGCCAGCCUCCACUGUCCGAUAUGAUGAACAUAUCUGACUGAAAAUGUUGAAACACAGCCGUUUUGGUAAAGUUUACCAAGUUAAAACUAAAAAGACUUAUGGAGCAAAGAAAAAGGCACUGGUAGCUAAAUUUGGAAACAAAACAAUGUGGUACCAGGCCAUUCACAUCAGCUUAAAUCGUUAUUGAAUGGACCGACAGUAGACAGACUUGUUACUGGUUACAUGCACACAGCCAGUUCCUCCAAAGGACCUCCACGUUGGCGUCAGCAGUGGUCGCUUGCAGAGCCUCUAUACUCUCCCUUCGAUCAGUCAGUCUAACUCAAAUCAACAAAAAGCAGUUGCCAGUGUCACCGCCGGUGUUGUACCAAAUAAGAACCAGGUUCUAUCGAAUGCAUCAGUGUCAUGUGUCAGUGGGCAGGAAGGAAACCAGGGGUCGAGCGACUCCUGGAGAUUUUAACUGCUAUACCAAAAUUAAAGUGGAGAAAUCCUGUCGCGUAUGACAUUGUGUUUCUGUAGAAUGUUUUGAUUCUCUGAACUUAACAGCGUCAAAGCAGCCUGGAAGAAAAAAAUGUAGAUAUUUGCUGCUGAAAAGAAAAAAACUGUUUACUUUUUAAUUGUUAUUUUUGUUUUUAUUGUGACACUGGCUACCUACUUUUUGAGCUCUGUUACUUUCUGAAAACCUGAAAGGAUGUUGAUCAAAGGCAGGAUGGGUAUACAGGGGAAAAGACUGUACAAGUUCUUUUCUUAGGACUGUUAAACUACAGUUUAAGGUCUAAAGCAUGUUGUAUUUAUAAUGGCUAUAUGUCGUGCCUGUUUUAUUAUUUUUUUUUCCUAAAUUUAAAAACAAAUAUUAUAUGCUUUUUAUUUGACUACAUUGCUUUGCAUUCUGUCUUAGUAAAGCCAUGUCACAUGUCUGUUUUCACUCUAAUGUAAACUAUCAGAUAUCACAAUAAAUUUUCAAUGGCAUUAA